GACUGUGUUCCAUAUGGCCAGUACUGUGGGGAUGAAGAUUAAAAGAAGUGAAGGGGACUGACUAUCCUGUGACGCAUUUGAAAAAGGCUUAAGGGACUUGAAAAUGAAUGAAAAUAAAGAUACUGAUUCAAAAGACAGUGGAGAAUAUGAAGAUGACUUUGAAAAGGACCUGGAGUGGUUGAUUAAUGAAAAAGAAAAAAGCGGUGCCAACAUAAUGGAGAUGGGCUGUGGGAAUGAAGAGAAUAUUAACCAAGACUUAAAAGGGAAUGAAACAGAAAUAGAACACACCAAGCAGCUAUCUGAUCCUGAUAAAUCUUUGAAGGAUGAGGUUUCACCAAGAAGAAAUGACUUUAUUUCUGUACCAAGUAUUCAACCUUUGGACCCCAUAUCAGAUUCAGACAGUGAAAACUCUUUGCAAGAAUCCAAACUAGAAAGCCAUCAAGACCUGGAGGAGGAAGAGGAUGAGGAAGUAAGGAGAUAUAUUAUGGAGAAAAUUAUACAAGCCAACAGACUUCUACAAAAUCAAGAACCAGUGAAUGAUAAAAGGGAACGCAAACUUAAAUUCAAGGACAAAUUAGUUGAUUUAGAAGUUCCUCCUCUGGAAGACAGUGAUACUUACAAAAAUUAUUUUGAAAAUGAAAGUAAUGUGUCUGGGAAACUGUCACAGUUAUGUAUUUCCAAUGAAUUUGGACAAGAAAAUGUGAUCCUGUCAUUUACUGAUGGAAAUUGUGAAGAAAACAAGGAUAGGAAAAUCCUAAUGGAGAGAGAUGGAAAGUUUGAACUUGUGAAUUUACAGGACAUUAAGAGUCAGGGGUUUUUGCCCCCCAUUAAUGCUAAUAGUACAGAAGGUGAACCUCAGCAGUUGUCACCCAGAUCUCCCAAUUCAUCUGUCAGUGGAGUCAAGAAAGAAGAGCCAGUAGCCAAAGUUCAUGCUCUUGCUCCCUCAUCAACAGAAGAGCCACUGACUUACAUCCCUCAGCCACCAUCCAACCCCAAGACUUAUCCAAGCUCUGCUGCCAACCCAGAUAGAAGUAAGGGGAACAGAAAAUCUAACCAUAGGACCCAGUCUGCAGAUGUGUCUCCAGCGACCUCAACAUUUUGUCUCUCUCCUCAACAGAAAGAACUGAAAAAACGACUAGAACAAAAGAGAGAAAAGCUGAAGAGAGAGGAAGAUCAAAAGAAAAUAGAAGAAGAAAAAGAAAAGAAAAAAGAAAAUGACAUGGUAUUUAAAGCAUGGUUGCAAAAGAAGAGAGAGCAGGUCCUAGAAAUGAGGAGAAUUCAGCGAGCAAAGCAGAUUGAAGACAUGAACAGUAGGCAGGAAGACAGAGAUCCACAGCAAGCUUUUCGAUUAUGGCUUAAAAAAAAGCAUGAAGAACAAUUGAAAGAAAGAAAGACAGAAGAACUGCGAAAGCAAGAGGAGUGCUUAGUCUUCCUUAAAGGAACAGAAGGCCGUGACAGGGCCUUUAAACAAUGGCUAAGAAGAAAACAGAUAGAAAAAUUAGCAGAGCAGCAAGCUGUCAAAGAAAGAACUAGACAGCUCCGACUAGAAGCAAAGCGGUCUAAACAGUUACAGUGCCACCUAUAUAAUAUGUCAGAAGCCAAAUCUUUCCGUUUUACUGAUCAUUACAACUGAAGGUAUUUAUUAAACACUUCAUUUGGAAGCUGCUGUCCUCAAAAUUUUGGAUAUCAUUUCUUAUGGCCUGUGUGCUUUGGUCAUACUCUAAAUUAUGGAAGUGCUACUUAUCUUUUGGUGGUGUUGAUGGUGAAUUUGUCUUAUUUCCUUUAAUAGUAGAGCAAAA